AUGAGUUUUAAUAGGGCUUACUCUACAGGUAAUAGGGUAAUUAUACCUGCAUAUAGUCAACCUAAUAACCAGACAUUACGCGUCAUGCUGUUAGUAAGGUCUACGUUCGAUCCUCUUCGUACUGCCACUACAAAACAAAGUAUAGUGUUUUCUUCAUCUCGUCACCUAAUAAAUGUAAAUAUUGCAUGCGUGAGCAAUUGCAAUGGCAACAAAUACACUAUACAGAUGCCAAUUCAUCUAAAGGGACAAUGUUUGCGUUGCCAAAAUAAAAAAAUUACGAAGUGGAUCUGGCGCGUUGAGGGUUUACCUGUGGAAGGAGCCUCAAAAAGACUAAUAUUUGAUGUUAAAGAAACCAAAAAGCGCUUGCUUGGAAUACAUCUUAAUGUAGAGGCUGUGAAUCGGUAUAACUCAAAAUUUAGUUAUUACGGCACAUCUUGGGUCUUCUUGGAAAAAAACAUGGGACCUGCUGAUACUAUGUGCACCAUUAGUCCUAGGGUAGGAAACGCGCACGAGACCCAAUUUUUAUUACAAUGCAAUCAAAGUCAAGCAAGAUUUAAGCCACUACAGUACUGUAUUGGAGUAGAAAAUUUUUUAGUCGAUGAAUGCAAAUCCGACGAAGAUAUACAAGUCCGUCUUCCCCCCACAGAACACGUAGUUGUUAUGAUAUGCGAUCAUUUUUUUGUAUGUGACGACGUUACAGUAACUGUAGAGGUACGUCGAUUGGAAAUGGAUGAUUCAGAUAACACUGUAAAAGAGGCCCUAUCUCUGGCACGUCAUUGGCUUGAAUAUGCAGAUUGGCAAAAGGCUUUUUUAUUAUUAUAUCAAGUAGCGAAGCUAAUAAAGUCAAAAGGACGGCUUCUUAACUUUAUUGAUACAAUUUACGUUUAUGAACCACAAACAACAGUCCAGCUCGCUCACCUCGUUCGCCUUACAAAGAGGGUUGUUUUGUCCUUGGAACCACUUGAUGACAUGGAAGUUAAUGUAGUUGCAAGAAUGCUACAAUUAAUUUCCUCCACCUUUAGGUUAAUAAUUAAUAGUAAUGAACUUAAUACUUUAAUGGAUAUUUAUUAUGAAACGAUGGUGAACGAACUGUGCGAUAUUCUUAACAAAUUGAAUACAGAGUGGGAGUACAUACCGAAAUCUCAAUGUCGUGCAGAAUCUGAAUCUUGCCUAAACAUUGAUAACUUCAGAAAUAGGCUUGAGCAAAUGUCUGUUCUAAGACCUCAAGGUUUAGAGCAUAUUAAUAACUGGUUACAUGCUCAUUGGAAGUUAAGCAGCUGCCUAUUUUAUAUGGGAAUGGGCACAGCACGCCGUCUUCAUCCUGAGGAAGGUCCAAAACUAAUAGAGCGAUCUACUUUUAGUAUGCGUAUGGAAAGUUUUGACUUAGACCAAGAUAGAAACAUAGAAUUUCAAUCCGCGGAUUCUAUGCAUACUCUUAUUUUUACUGACAAACUUCUUGAUGAAUUAAAACGACGACUUCGAACUGACGAAGUGCUAAUUUCUAUACGAAGUCACAAGCAAAGUCAAUACUGGUGGUAUCCUGAGCAGGAGUCCCACACUCAAGUACUCGUAGUUAAUGCAUAUACAAUAAAUAAUAUUUGGAAAAAAUCUCAAGAGGUUGCCGAACCAUUUCAAUAUAUUUCAAAAUUGAAAAUGAAUUUUUCGGAAGGUGAUUCAAUAAAUGAACCGUCACGACAGAUCUCUAAUCGUGGUAUAGACUUUGAUGACCCUGAGGAAGAUAUCGAAAAUGUCAUUCAUGAUUGUGUGUAUACUCCUUUAGAAGUUCGUAUGUAUCGAACUGAACUAUUUGGUCAUUCAGUUCUCGGAGUUACUUUUACUCAAGCGGAUAUAGAUUAUUACGUGCUAAUACGGAUGACUAAUAUACCAGAAUUAAAUGAAAUGGAAAGAGAAAGCUCUACUUGUCUAGUGAGAGCUGGAGUCCUACAACCAACCACUUUGUUAUUAAGGAAUCGCUGCGAUAAAUCUCAGCCUGUUUAUAUUUAUCUUCGCGCUGCUAAUAUAUCUGAACCUUGGAAUAACUUUUUCCAUUCUGGAGCUUUUUUUGCCUUCACCACUGACAUACGUAGUUGUCGAAUUUGGAACUAUGCCCGACCCGAACCGAGAUGGCAAAACUUUGCUUGCAUGCCUGAAUUAAACAAAAGUAUAUACUUUGGAAUACAUUGUCGUUGUAAUUAUAUUAGUGACUUUGAUGCAGAUGGUAUGCCAAUAAUUGUAGUCCCAAUGAAUUUAAAAUGUCACCUGGAACGGCCUAUAGUGGGCCAAAGUUAUCAAAUAAUAAUAUUCUUUUUCUCUUUAGCUUCAUUUGUAAUAAUAUAUAUAUUUUAUAGCAUGCAAUCCGUUUCUGAUUGGGAUAAAAACUUAUAUACUGAACUUUAUCCAAUAAGAGGAAAAUGCUACCGAGGUGAUCUUGUUUUAAUGUGUACUUUCGGAGGAAGAUAUAACGCUGGUACAUCAGCAAAUAUUAUAUUUGCCUUCAAAUUUUCCAACCAAACACGGGACAUAAUAGUAUAUCAAGACCCAGUUUUUAAAACAUUCAAAAGAAAUAGUACAAUAUCUUUCCGACUACAAAAUAUACAUUUCAGUAUACCAACUGGAAUUGCUAUGUGGCACGAUAAUUCCGGAGUUUAUCCACAUUUUUUUUGUAGAAAUCUUGUUCUAUGCGAUAUGCAUACUAAAGAGGGACAGUUAUUUUCAAUUCAGCAGUGGAUUCAAUGUUAUAAAGUGUUAACAGUUUAUAAAACGGCAAACGCAUUUUCUCUGAUAAAUACCGAUAAUGGAAAAAUUCAUUCCGGUAAGCUUCGGUUCUUACACGCUAUGGAAAAUUUCAUGGGAAACUGGUACUUAUUUCAACCAAUUAUUGGACCAUGGCGUUUUGGAACAGAGAGACUGGCCUUUUGCAAAUGGGAAAGAAGUUGCAUUUUUAUAGGAAAACUUUUUAUUGCUAUAACAUUUGUAGUACUAUUUUUCGGACGCACAGAACCAAUGGCAUGCGAUCCUAGUCCAAAAAAAUAUAAUGACAUCGAUGUAGUACUUCGACUAUGCUUUAGCUGUUAUAUAACCAAUUGUAUUGUACAAGCAUCAUUGGAAACAGCCUUCAGAGCGAUUGGAGUAUACGAUUUUAUUUAA